CUUAGUAAUGUUGUAAUCGGCCUGGGUUGUGGAUAAAAGCUGAAACGAGCCCCAGCCGGAGUCACUGCAGUGAAGAUGAUGAAGAAGGUGGCCCUGCUCGCAGCUCUGCUGGCUCUGGCGUGCGUUUGCGAAGGCGUGACCUUCGGCCAGCUCUGCGAGGGAAACCCCAACAACAACCGGAGGACAUCGGACAGUUUGGGUCACGGUCACUACGAGGGCUCGGGGCAUGGCGGGGCUCACCAUGGUUUGGACAUUAUUUGCGACGACGGCUCUGUGGUCUACGCUCCAUUUGAUGGCACGCUCAACGGGAGACUCACCGCCUAUACUGACCCUGCAAAGGCUGCCAUCAACAGCGGGAUUAUGCUGGAGGGCGAAGGCCUGUGCGUCAAACUCUUCUAUGUGAAUCCGGACCAGACUUCAGGACGUGUAAGCAAGGGCCAGCGUUUGGGUGUCAUGAUGCCCAUGCAGAGCGUUUACCCGGGAAUCACCUCGCACGUCCACGUGGAGAUGUGCGACCAGAGUGAUCCAACAAAGUACUUCUGAGGAUUGGGAUUUUAUUGACAGCGUCCAACAUGACACAACAUUCAUCGACUCGAUAGCAAAUGAGUAAAACCUCCUUUCAAAGUUGCACAAACUUUAUUUUUGCUUCAUAACAUCAUGUACAGGUUUGUGUUGUACACAAUUUGUAGAAGAAUAAAGAUG